CUGGACAGGCGGCACGCACGCGAACGCACGCGAUCUGAAAAAAGAAAUCUGUGCUAGCUUGGACUGGUCACCAGUUGCUCUGAGCUACUAAAUGCCUCCGGAUUAUAAAACCGGUAGCUCCAGAACGCGACUGCACUGCAAGCGCGGAUCUCAACUCGGAGUACAAUACAAGCAGCGAGUUCGGCCGAUGUGAAUUGCCAUUGCCAGAGGUGUUAUUGCCUUCUUGGUCGCUGCUAUGGUUGACUUCCGGCACGCGCGGUCUCUUCUCGCCGCCGGCGUCCUCCUAGCCGGCGUCGUCGUCGCCGUCCUCGGCGCCGGCGAGGACGAUGAGCACUUCGUCUACUCGGGCUUCACCGGCGCGCCGCUCGCGCUGGACGGCACGGCCACCAUCACGGCGUCGGGGCUGCUGGAGCUCACCAACGGCACGGCGCAGCUCAAGGGCCACGCGGUGCACCCGGCGCCGCUGCGGUUCCAGCGGACGCCUGGCGGUCCCGUGCGCUCCUUCUCGGCGUCUUUCGUGUUCGGCAUCAUCCCACCUUACUCCGACCUCAGCGGCCACGGUAUCGUCUUCUUCGUCGGCAAGGACAGCUUCGCCAACGCGCUGCCCAGCCAGUACCUGGGCUUCCUCAACACCAACAACAACGGCAACGCCAGCAACCGCGUCUUCGGCGUCGAGCUCGACACCAUCCGGAGCACCGAGUUCAAGGACCCCGACGACAACCACGUCGGCAUCGAUAUCAACAGCCUCACGUCCGUCAACGCCACCAACGCCGGUUACUACGACGACGGCACCGGCGAGUUCCACAACCUGACACUGAUCAGCGCCAAGCCCAUGCAAGUCUGGGUGGACUACGACGGCGAGACCGCGCGGAUCAACGUGUUCCUGACUCCCCUCGGGACGUCCAAGCCUUCCAGGCCUCUGGUGUCGGCCACGUGGAACCUCUCGGACGUGCUCGUGGAGCCGGCGUACGUGGGCUUCUCGUCCGCCACGGGCACGGUGAAGUCGGAGCACUACGUGCUCGGCUGGAGCUUCGCCAUGGACGGCCCUGCUCCGGACAUCAACGUCGCGAGCCUGCCCAAGCUACCGCGGUUCGGCCCCGAGCCGCGGUCCAAGGUCUUGGAGAUCGUGCUGCCGAUCGCCACCGCGGCGUUCGUCCUCGCCGUGGUGGCGGUCGUGGUCGCCCUGGUCCGGCGGCGGCUCAAGUACGCCGAGCUGCGUGAGGACUGGGAGGUCGAGUUCGGGCCGCACCGGUUCACGUACAAGGACCUGUUCCGCGCCACCGAGGGAUUCAAGAGCAAGAUGCUGCUCGGCGUCGGAGGAUUCGGGAGAGUGUACAGAGGAGUGCUCCCGAAAUCGAAGCUGGAGGUCGCCGUCAAGAAGGUGUCUCACGAAUCAAGGCAGGGCAUAAAGGAGUUCGUCGCCGAGGUCGUCAGCAUCGGCCGUCUCCGGCACCGGAACCUCGUGCAGCUGCUCGGUUACUGCCGACGGAAAGGCGAGCUUCUCUUGGUGUACGACUACAUGCCCAACGGCAGCCUUGACAAGUACCUAUACGGCAAGGGCGACGACGACAAGGCCAUGGCCACGCUGGACUGGGUUCAGAGGUUCCGGAUCAUCAAAGGCGUGGCGUCAGGGCUGCUGUACAUCCACGAGGACUGGGAGCAGGUCGUCAUCCACCGAGACAUCAAGGCCAGCAACGUCUUGCUCGACAGCGAGAUGAACGGACGGCUAGGAGACUUUGGUCUCGCGAGGCUGUACGACCAUGGAGCCGAUCCGCAGACAACCCAUGUCGUCGGCACGAUGGGGUACCUCGCCCCAGAGCUGGCGAGGUCAGGGAAAGCGUCCCCUCUAACCGACGUGUUCGCCUUCGGGGCGUUCAUCCUCGAGGUCGUGUGUGGCCGGAGACCCGUGGAGCAGAGCAUGACCGACAGCCGGCUCAUGCUGGUGGACUGGGUGCUGGAGCACUGGCAGAAGGGAUCGCUCGCCGAGGUGAUCGACGCGAAGCUCCAGGGUUGUUACGACGACGAGGAGGCCAUGCUGGCGUUGAAGCUAGGGCUGCUGUGCUCGCACCCGCUGCCCGCCGCGAGGCCGAGCAUGCGGCAGGUGAUGCAGUAUCUCGACGGCGACAUGCCCUUCCCGGAGCUGACGCCGUCGCACCUCAGCUUCAGCAUGCUGGCCCUGAUGCGGAGCGAAGGGUUCGAUUCGUUCGUCCUGUCGGCGUCCACGAAUCCCCAGUUUAUGGGUCUCUUCAACACGAGCGAUGUCGGGAACGCCACCAACCAUGUCUUCGCCGUCGAGCUAGACACGCUGCUCAACGUGGAGUUCGGGGACAUGGACAGCAACCACGUCGGGAUUGACAUAGACGGGCUGAGGUCUGUCAAGGCCGCCUCGGCAGCGUACUACGACGACGAGGACGGCAGUGGCGGAGUGCUCCGUAACCUGAGCCUGAUCAGCGGCAAGGCCAUGCAGGUGUGGGUGGACUACGAUGGCCCGAGCACGGAGAUCAACGUGACGCUAGCACCCCUGCGGAUGCCGAAGCCCAAGAAGCCUCUGCUCUCCCAUGUCGUCGACCUCUCGACGGUGAUCACCGACAAGUCGUACGUCGGCUUUGCCUCCUCCCUGGGCUCCAUGUCGUCGCGGCACUGCAUCCUUGGCUGGAGCUUUUGCUUGAACGGAUCAUCAGCUCCUCCACUCGACUACUCCAAGCUGCCGAUGCCGCCGGUAGCUGGCGGCGGAGGCGGUCGGUCAAACACGGUCCUCGAGGUGGUGCUGCCAAUCGGCGUCGUGGCGUUCGUCCUCGCCGCGAUCACCAGCGUGUUUGUGUUCGGUUGGAGAAGGGUCAAGUACGCCGAGCUUCGUGAGGAAUGGGAGGAUGAGUUCGGGCCGCGCCGGUUCUCGUACAAGGAUCUCUUCCACGCCACCGGCGGGUUCGACGACAGGCAUCUGCUCGGCGCCGGCGGGUUCGGGAAGGUGUACAAGGGAGUGCUCCGGGCGUCCAAGCUCCAGGUAGCUGUAAAGAGGGUGUCGCAUGACUCGCGCCAAGGGAUCAAAGAGUUCGUCGCCGAGAUCACAAGCAUCGGCCGCCUCCAGCACCGGUACCUCGUCCGCCUGCUCGGCUACUGCCGCCGGAGAGGCGAGCUCCUCCUGGUGUACGAGUACAUGCCAAACGGAAGCCUCGAUAAAUUCCUGUACGAUCGUGGGAGGGAGCCUGCUCUGGACUGGUGCAAGCGCUUCCGGGUCAUCAAGGACGUCGCCAUGGGCCUCUUCUACCUCCACAACAACUGUGAGCAGGUGAUCGUCCACCGCGACGUCAAGGCGAGCAACGUUCUCCUCGACGACGCGAUGGCCGGGCACCUGGGCGACUUCGGGCUCGCCAGGCUGCACGACCACGGCGGCAACCCGCGGACGACGCGGGUGGUCGGCACCAUCGGGUACCUGGCCCCCGAGCUGGCGCGCACCUCCAAGGCGACGCCGCUCACCGACGUGUUCGCGUUCGGGGUGUUCCUCCUGGAGGUCACGUGUGGGCGGCGGCCCAUCGAGGAAGACGCGCGCGGCGACGGCGGCCGCGUCCUGCUCGUGGACUGGGUACUCGGGCGCUGUUCCGAGGGCAGGAUCAGCGACUGCGUGGACGCGAGGCUCCAGGGGGAGUACGACGCCGGCGAGGCGAGCCUGGCGCUCAAGCUGGGGCUGCUCUGCACGCAGGCCUCGCCCGGCGCGAGGCCGAGCAUGCCACAGGUCUUGCGCUACCUGGACAGCAGCCUGGGGCUCCCGGACCCGUCACCGACGGAGCUGGAUUUCGGCGCCAUGGCUUCGCUGCAGAGCAACGGGUUUGACUCGUACGCCAUGUGGUAUCCGACGUCCUCGGCAGCGUCCGACGCGAGCCACGGCACGGUGUCUGAUCUGUCCGGGGGACGAUGACACGUACGGUUGUUGGUUGGUGUCCCAAUCUUGUGAGUCUUCACUUGACUGUCAACUGAUGAAAUCGAUGGCCGUUGGCCAAUUAGUUUGGUCGUUGCACGUCCGCGGACCAACCGCCAGCUUGUUUGAGAAGUAUUGUAGUCUCGUCAGACGACUUGGAACAGAUUUAGG